AUGCCUGUACAUUGGAAUAUGAAGCCAGCAUUUAGUCCCUUCAGUGAAAUACAUACGGUGAAGCUGUUGAGCCAGCUAUCAGUUCUCAGACACCUGCAAAACAUGGAUAACCAGAUUGAAAUUUCAGUUCAAAGUCCAAAUACCAAUGCCAACACACAUCAGGCUGAUCAUCAAAGAAGAGUAAACACUUUACACAAAGCUGCUCUAAAAGGUGAUUGGAAGGCUGCUAAAAGUUAUGUGAGUUCGGACCAAAAAAAAAAUUGGAAUAUUGAGAUAACAAAAGAUAGAAAUACGGCUCUUCACAUAGCUGUGUCUGCCAAGCAAACUGCUUUUGUCCGCAAUCUAGUCGAAUGCUUGAAAGAGAGUGACCUGGAAUUGAAGAAUAAAUAUGGAUAUACAGCUUUCUGUACGGCAGCUGCAUCAGGGGUCGUAGAAAUUGCAGAGGUCAUGUACCAUAAAAACAAGAAUUUACCUAAAAUUUCAAGUAAAAAACUUGAAAGUGAAAGUGGAUUUUCCCCACUUCAAAUUGCAAUUUGGUUCAGAAAGAAAGGAAUGGCAGAAUAUCUUUACCCAAUUACACCUCUUGAAGGUCUCGUAGACAAGGAAUAUAUGGAUAUUCUUGUAGAAGCGAUCCGCGCUGACAUGUAUGAUAUUGCUUUAAAGAUGUUAAAUGACAGUACAAGAAUAGCUACUUCAACAACGAUAAGCACAGAAAAAGCUUUACAAGCUUUAGCUCAAAAAGAUCUAUCAUACAAUCACAAAUUUCAAGGACGGAUAUGGGAAAGACUCGUUAGCAUCCUUGCUACUAUACCUUGUAUUCCAUAUUUCAAAAGGAUACAUAGCUCACUUCAAACGCGGAGACAAGCCAGUAAGUUGGUAAUGCAGAUGACAUUACUGGACUCCAGCAUCUUAAUUCAAGAGACUCAGAUACUUCACGAUGCUGCAAAAAUAGGGAAUGUUGAAUUUCUCACUCUGAUUACUCAAUCAUUUCCUGGACUUACAUGGAAUCUCGACUCAAAAAAGUACACCAUAUUUCACGUUGCUGUUAUUAACCGACAAGAGAAAGUGUUUAGUCUCAUCUAUCAAACAGGAGCUGCUAAGGAUUUUAAUACAUAUUACAGUGAUGAUGAUAAAAACAACAUUUUGCACUUGGCCGGGAAAAUAGCACCUCCAAGCAGACUCAAUAUUGUAUCUGGACCAGCUCUUCAAAUGCAGAUAGAGCUACUAUGGUUUAAGGAGGUGAAGAAGAUUGUACGGCCUUUUUAUGUUCAAGCAAAAAACAAAGAAGGCAAGACACCGAGGGAGUUGUUUACGAUGGAGCAUGAGAACUUACGGAAAGCUGGUGAGAAGUGGAUGAAGGACACAUCAACUUCUUGCAUGCUUGUGGCAGCUUUAAUUGCCACAGUUGCAUUUGCUGCCGCCUUUACUGUGCCAGGUGGCAAUAAGGGAGAAACAGGAUCUCCAAUUUUCUUGACUGAUAGGUGGUUCAAAGUUUUUGUUAUAUCUGAUGCUGUGGCAAUGUUUAGCUCGAUAGCUUCCAUAAUGAUGUUCUUGUCUAUUUUAACUUCACGUUAUGGAGAAGAUGAAUUUGAAUUUUUGUUACCAGCAAAGUUGAUGGCUGGACUGAGUACACUCUUUGCUUCAAUCGUUUGUAUGGUCUUAACAUUUAGUGCAACCUUCUUUUUGGCCUACAAGGAAGAAAAACAAGGGACAUUGCCGAAACUUGUUGCUGCUCUUGCUGUGCUUCCAAUCACUUUAUAUGCAGUGCUAAAUUGUAGGUUAUGGAUUGCCUUAUUCCGAUCAACAUGCUGGACAUCAAGGUUUAUGUUUCGACCUGGUAAGCACAAGCUUUUCUAA